UAUAGAAACAUAUCUUCCGCCCUGUUGUUAUAUUUAUUAUCCGCGUAGGUAAGCAGCAGUUCACAUGCAAGCGUUUCUCUCAUUAACAAGAGACAAUUUGUGAUUGUACAAGUGUUGGUACAUUAACGGCAAACAAAGAUGGUUCUGCUGCUGGCCACCCUUUUGUUUUUAGCGAUGGCUGCGCACUCAUUUCCGAAUGUGGUGUCAUAUGAUGGCGUCAUUCAGAUUGGUGCAUACAACAUGAGCCUCCCGACCGACAAAUUGUUUCAACUGUUCAAAGAUAAAACUGAACGGAAGUAUAAACGUUUUGCUGAAGAGGAGAAAAGACGUCAGAUUUUCGCUGACAACGUCAGGUACAUCAACAAACACAACGCCAAAUAUGCAAGCGGAGAGUCGACGUUCUAUCUUGGGAUCAACCAGUUUACAGACAUGAGCUAUCAAGAAUUUGCUGAAAACUAUGCCAAUCUUCAAAACGAAGAUACUUGGAAAGGGAAUGCGUCCAUUUUUGUUCCGCCAGAAAAUUAUGCAACGCCAUCUUCCGUUGAUUGGAGACAAAAGGGAUAUGUGACGCAAGUCAAGGACCAAGGACCUUGCGGUUCGGGCUGGGCAUUCAGUGCUACUGGUGCCAUCGAAGGUCAGUUUGCCCGGCAGACUGGAACACUUGUCUCACUGAGUGAACAACAACUCAUUGACUGCUCUUCUAGAUCGUAUGGAAACUAUGGAUGUAGAGGAGGAUCCCCUGGUGGAACUUUUCAGUAUGUCCGCGAUCAAGAGGGCAUAGAAAGCGAGCCGGACUAUCCAUACAGGGCAAUGCCCUUCCCCUGUUCAUUUACCAAGAGCAAGGUAAGGGCAACUGUUCGUGAAUACUUUAUCGUCAAGCCUGACGAAAAGAGCCUAGAGACCGCCACUGCCUCAGUGGGCCCUAUCUCAGCGUCCAUCAAAGUAAAUAGGAAGUUCCAGUUGUAUAAGGGAGGUGUCUUCAACGACUGUUCAGGCGAAUUGAGCCGGGACCACGCCGUGCUAGUUGUGGGCUAUACAUCGAUUCCCAACGCCUGGCUCGUGAAGAACUCCUAUAGCUCAAACUGGGGUGAAGAGGGCUACAUAACGAUGCGGAAAGGUUGGGACGUGUGCGACAUUGCAUCUAAGGCCGUCUUUCCACGUGUGUGAACGGAACAUUUCAUUUUCUUUAUGAAUAACGCUAAAAGCGAUAUCUGAGCAAAUCAAGGCAAAUGGUAUAACCGCACUGCACUGAGUUGGUAUAAAUUUUGUUUAAAAAAGAAACCGUCUUUAUAAUAAGAAUAUGAAUUUUAUUGACUUUGUCCUCAUUAACAUACACUGUAACCAACAAUUUAUUCAAGAAAACGUAUUCUACUAGCGUUUUAUGUUUUCGUAUCAUACUACCGGUAUUUACCGGACUUUCUUAUGUUAAUACUAACACUCGGUCUGGUUCGGUAUUAUAGGUUUAAAACAUAUAUAAUAACAAGAGCGUCUAAGACAAAACAGCAGACUUUUAAUGGGCUAAUCUUUUCAGAGUGAGAACGGAAUAUCAACAAGUUUCAUUAACCUAACUAAUGUACUAAUGUAAAAGGAUUUAGUUUUCAAAUAUUCAUGUUAUGUAUUGUAAUUGUUUUCAUAAGACGCUCUUUCAAAAUACUGAGUUUCAUCAACCAAGUAUAUAUUUGAUAUAUUUUCCGCAAGUCCCUUUACCCCUUCGUUUGUAUGUUUUAAGUUAUCGUAUUAUUCAGAUUACAGUUGUAAAUUUUUUCUAUAACCAUAGAAUUAAUUACCACAGAAACGAUUAAUUUUGUCUGACGAAAAUUAAAAUGAAAUCAUUUUAAAAAUACUUUCCUAAUUCACAUAUAACGUUCAGCAGCCUAGCUUGAGUGCUGUUUAAAAAUAAUUUCAGGACGAAGAUUUUUGUUCGCCAUUAUUUCCGUCGUCAUAACACCUACACUAUUUGUCUUGCACUUAAAUUUAAAUUAAAUGCAAAUUUCUAUCAAAUACACGAGUUUGAUCAACGUCGCUUUAUUACUUAUUGAGUUAUCUCAGGAUCAAGUUCUGGACGGAAACACGGGCGGACUGCAGACAGACGAAACUGAAAUAACGUUGAUAUUACCCACAUGGCCUUUUAUCCACAUACCAAGUUUCAUUAUCCGAGCCUACACCCUUUUUGAGCUUUUGCAGGAUACAGAUUUUAGUAUGUAUGUAUGAAUGUAACCAUAGCAUCUGUAAUCAUAGCUACGAAAAUUUUAGUCCGACGAAAGUGUAACAUAACAUGAUUCCCUAAAUCAGUGUAUUUAUAGAUUCUUCUAAAUAGCUGACUAUUAUAUGUAGUCAACAUCGGUCUUUGAGUGAACACGGAAUAAGAAACACGUGUAACCACUCAAAGGUAUAUCGCGCCUUUCUAUUAGUGAUUGAUGAGACAUCUUGUCCUUACAGACAUAACAACAGCUACACUCUAUGACAUUAAUAAAUGAAAUUACUUGAAUAUUUCCUAUGCGGCCUUCUUUUCACAUACCAAGUUUCAUGACCUCCUUUUUGAACAAACGUAGGUUCCAGACUUUAGCUUUCUUUUUUUUCAUAACCAUAGAAACUAACUUGUUGUCUGGCAUAAACACGCUGACAGCGUGCAUAAUCCCCAUAGAGCCUUCUUGUCAAUCUAGCGUAAGUCCUUUUUGCCUUAUCGCAUAAUCCAUAUUUUGACUCAUAAACGGAGACACAAGCAUACGGACGCAUGAACGGACUGGGGUGAACAUUAAUCUCCCGGUAGGUGAUUAACAAAUGGAAUUUUACACCGGUAUGUGAUGAAGACUGUGUAUCAGUUUCGUUAUUUGUUCAAAGCAGAAUGCAAUACGACUUAACAAAACCGACUUGACUCAGCCAAGUUCUCAAAACAUCAUACUUAAAUAGUAUUCUAUACAUAUAUUACUACAAAGGAAGACAAUCAGCAAGGCUUAUUGUCGGCGUCGUAUCGAAUAUAUAUUGUCCCGUUUUGGAAAGGCGAUUGUUCACUUUCUUUAAAUAAAAACAUUAUCUCCUGAUAUUUUAUUUCUAGUUUCACUAUUUCUAUACAUGUGACAGUAUUUCAAGGAAUGAAGCAGUCCCAUACAAGUGUAAAGUCUUAUAAAACGAAGAUGUUGCAUAUCGUCCGUACUGUUUGGAUUUAAAUGUUUAAAGGUAUCUUCUACGACCAUUAUUGCUCUAGCGACACUGAAGCGGGCCACAGGAUGGCCAAAGAUAGAACAACAU